AUGAAUCGCUUCAGACAGAGAGUUCAUGAGCAGCUCUCGCGCGCAAAAGAUCCAAGCAAAUCAUCUAAGUCCAAGAACAAGGAUGCAAAAGACGGAACCUCCUCCCCCUCACAAACAACCGCGUCGCGCGACUCUGGACAGUCACCAGUUGCAACGCCAUCUUCUUCGACCACGACCCUGUCCGAUUCUCGUAAUAAACCCCUCCCACCAAAUGACGCUGCAGGCGUGAAUGAUCCUGCUAGUCCUUCUCUGCAACCGCAGUCUGGUUCAAUAAACUCAUUAAACCCUGGCCACAAUACAGUCGUCUCUCCCGAUCGCUUCAACGCAAUGGGCGGAGGUUCACCAAGUGCUGGUGCCCCUGGAACACCCAAUCGUCAUGGACAACUUCCUCCCAGUGUUAUCAUCAGUCCUAGUGCGCCUCACAUUCCUCCACCUGGAACUGCGGAAACAAUGCCUCAUGAUCUCGCGCCGCCAAAGGCUGGUUCGAAGUCAUCAAUGUAUGAUCGAUUACAAACGACCCCAAAAGACGUGCCCGAAGGUAUCAGAACCCCAAAAAGACAACACUCCUCGAGAUUCGAUAUCUCUCAACAUCGUGAACUCGAAAAGCUUCCAGGCUUUCAUGAAGUCCCCCCGAAUCGUCGACAAGACCUCUUCAUGCAGAAAAUUGACCAGUGCAAUGUUAUAUUCGAUUUUAAUGACGCCAGUGGGGAUAUGAAGUCAAAGGAGAUCAAGAGACUAGCGUUACAUGAGCUACUGGAUUAUGUUGCGAACAACAGACAAGUCAUUACGGAAACCAUGUACCCGCGGGUGGUAGACAUGUUCAGCAAGAAUCUUUUCCGACCCAUCCCUCCCCCAAUGAAUCCCCAAGGAGAGGCUUUCGACCCGGAAGAAGACGAGCCAGUUCUCGAAGUAGCAUGGCCCCAUAUUCAAGUCGUCUACGAGUUUUUCCUGAGGUUUAUCGAGAGCCAAGAUUUCAACACCAAUAUUGCCAAGGCAUACAUCGAUCACAGCUUCGUUCUGCAGCUCCUGGAGCUGUUUGACUCGGAGGAUCCUCGCGAGCGAGAUUUCUUGAAGACUACUCUGCACAGGAUAUACGGGAAAUUCCUAAAUCUUCGUUCUUACAUUCGAAGGUCCAUAAACAAUGUCUUCUUCCAGUUCACGUACGAAACAGAGAGAUUUAAUGGAAUUGCAGAGUUACUCGAGAUUCUUGGGUCUAUCAUCAACGGAUUUGCCUUACCUCUCAAGGAAGAACAUAAGCUUUUCUUGACCAGAGUGUUGCUUCCAUUGCACAAGGUCAAAAGUUUGAGCAUGUAUCACCCACAACUUGCGUACUGCAUUGUUCAAUUCUUGGAAAAGGAUGCCGUACUGACAGAAGAGGUUGUGCUUGGUCUACUUCGCUAUUGGCCCAAGGUGAACAGCACCAAGGAAGUCAUGUUCUUGAACGAAGUAGAAGACAUUUUCGAAGUUAUGGAUCCAGCUGAGUUUGCCAAAGUCCAGGAGCCCCUGUUCCAUCAACUCGCCAAGUCCGUUGCAAGCCCUCAUUUCCAAGUUGCGGAGCGAGCUCUCUACUUCUGGAACAACGAGUACUUUUGCAAUCUGGUCAGCGAUAACGUGGAGAUAAUUUUGCCUAUCAUGUUUGCACCACUCUAUGAAAAUUCCAAGGGGCAUUGGAAUAGAACAAUACACGGCAUGGUUUACAACGCCAUGAAGCUCUUUAUGGAAAUCAACCCCCAACUCUUUGAUGACUGUUCUCACGACUACACCGAGCAUCAAAACAACGCUGAAGCACGGGAGGAAGCGCGAGCAAACAAGUGGAAAGCCCUCGCUGAACAAGCAAGCCGUUCGAAGACUAACGGUACCACUCGAGCCGUAUCAUCACCAUCUCGCACUAAAGUUACCACCCCCUUACGAAUUGACGAGGUUGACCCAACGACGGAGGAUAACCAGAAAAGGCUGGAUUCGUUGAAGCUGCAGGAUGGAGUGCGGAGGCCAACUCAUGAUCGGCAAAAUUCGGUAGGCUCCUCCAGAAGCCAGCGAUGA